GACUGCAGGUGAUCAGUUUCCCUCUAGCUCUCUCUCUCUCUCUCAUUUUCCUUAGCUUUUUUUUUUUAAUGCUUAAUUUGUUGGAAACCUAAUACAUUAUGAAGGGCUUUUUCCAUGAUCAUUUCUUGGAAAUUUCUACUUCUCUUUUCUGCAAGAAUAGGAGUAGAGGAGAGCGAGGGAUUCCUUACUCGACCAACAAUUAAAUAUUAAGUGCUGGUUAAUUGUCAAAGAAAGUAACUCUUCGGAAUCAUUCAUUAGUUUUAGCUCUAGAAUGCAGGAAAGUUAGCUACAGAAAUACCAGAAAGACGAUCCUUAGCCGUUGUGUAUGUCGAAAUCACAGAAUCUUAAGCCUAGGAUACCAUCUUCAACUCCUGUCACUAAUAGGAAGUCUGAUAGUGUUCAGAAGAAUAAUGCACCAAGCAUUCCUAGGAGGGGCACCAGCAGUAGGGGAAUUUUUUCCUCAAGUUCUUCCGGUUCCAAGCAGUGUAGGGGACUCGAUUCGUCCGAGUCGGAUACAAAUGAAGAGAGAAUGAAGAAGAAGCAUAAGUCUGUAUUGCAGGUGACCAUGGAAGCUGAAAAGUCUAAGGUUCCCAUAGACUCAGUUGUUACAGAGAAAAAGAAAUUGACUGGCCAUAGUUUCAAGUCUCAAUUUAAAAGAGUGCGCGAAGAGGAAACUGUAUCAGGCAAAGAAACAUCUAAUAUAGAUGGAGGAAGGGCGCCCAAUCUAAAAACUGUGAAAAGUACAAUUGAAGAGAGUUCUGGCAUUAAAAAGCAUUAUGAAGAUCAAGAGCACAUAGCACUGGAGGAUAACAGUGCUGAUAUUGGUAAAACUGUAAAUGAAGUCGAGAAAAAAUGUGACAAGCGGAUGAAGAAGCUCAUUUCUGAACAGGAAAGGAAAAUUCAGGAGUUUCACCGAAUUUGGGAGGAUAAUAUAUCAAAAAUGGAGAGGGAUCAUAAAUUGCAAGUGUCCUUUAUUCGUUCUAUAUACGGGAAAUCUACAAAAGCAAUAGACAAGCUCAAGAUCUUGGAUGAUAAUUUUGCAAAGGAAAUGGCGGAGAACAAACUCCAUAAGGACAAGCAAUUUGAAGUUCUUGAGGCAGAACAAUUAGCUGCAAGAAAAGAGGAGAUCCAAAAGGCUGCUAGCUGGCUGUCCGAAGCAAAAGGCAGCAUCUCUAGCACGCUUACAGGGUACUGCAAAGAACAGUCAUUUGGUUCACAACAUGAAGAAGUCUCUAGAUGUUCUGGGUCGAGAACACAUAUCCUAGGUGCUAAGGAUGUGAUACCCUUAACUGAGCAGCAUGGAGAAAAUAAUGAUUCAAGUAGAACUAUAAAGGGGAAUCAUUCUGUAAAAUCCAGAAAUUCUGGUGGUGCAACAGCUGAGGAAGUAGCAUGUAACUCCCCUAAUGGAAAUCCAAGUAGUGCAACAAAUAGUAGUCAGAGAAAUGAAGGUGGAAUAUCUUUCUCAGAUAUACGGAUUCCGGCUGUUGUUGUGAAGAUUAAUCAGCCAAAGCAUGUGGGUGCUGGGGGAAGUAUCUUUGCCAAUCUACCUGCUUCUGGAGAAAAAGUUCCUGGGGACGUUCAACUGCUCGAGCUGCAUGGAGAGGUUCCAUCUGAGAGUGAGUUGCCUGGAAAGGUUCCAUCUGAGAGUGAGUUGCCUGAAACUGUUGCUAAUGAAAUUGUGGACAAUAAUAACUCUGUGAGUGUGAGUACUAAUACUCAUUUAGGUGGUGGUGAGAAAACCUUUCUAAACGUACCUGCUUCUGGAGAAAGAGUUUCUGGAGAAGUGCAAUCACUUGAGCUCCGUGGAGACGUUUUAGCAGAGUUGCCUGAAACUGUGGCCAAUAAAAUUGUGGAUAAUGUUGUGGAUUUGAGUACUAAUAGUCCUCUUGAAGGGUUUGGUGAAGGGGGUGCUAUUGAUUUACCUGAUGCUGAGCAUGAGCAGCUUACUCAACCAAAGCCUUUUGGUUGUGCGGAAAGAAUAAUUGUGAACCUCACUGCUUCUGGAGAAAGGGUUCUUGGUGACAUGCAAUUACCUGAGCUAUGUAAGGACAUUCCUGCAGAAUUGGUUGAAACUGAUGCUCAUGAAAUUGUGGAUAAUGUCAACCCAGUGGAAUUGAUUGCUAAUACUUCUACUGAAGGAUUUGGUGAAGGGGAUGCAAUUGAUUUGCCUGAUGCUUUGCUAAACCAGAAAAAUGAGAAUGACAGGACCACCAUUGAUGAUCUCGAUUUAGCUGGACAAGUGUUGAAAACUUCGGAGCCAACAAAAGCUUCCAAACAUCCGUAUCCCCUGUUGCCACUACAAGUACGAGAAGAUCAAGAUGUGGCUUCUGCUGAAAUACAAGGCCAUGGUGUACAGGUAUUAGGAAAGGUAAACUCUUCUCCCUCUGAGAUUGUCGCUUCAGAACUUGUUGAUACUGCAAGAGAGCCUCUGUCAAAUAUUGAACCACGAGCCAGGGAGCAGCCUGCAAUAGAAACUCAAAGUUCAUCAAGAAUUGAAGUUUCAACCUUAAAGAUCAUUGACACUGUAAUAGCUGAGCAGUCCUCUAUACAACUGCGAGACCAAGACACAUCAGUUGUUGAAGAUCGAGUGACUUCUCUGAUAGAAGCUGCAGACUCAGAGAGAUUUGACACUGCAGACCCUGUUGCUGCAGCAGAACUUGUUGGUGCUGCAAAGACUUUGGAAUCAUAUAACAAACUCCGAGACCAAGAUGUGCCGGCAAUAGAAACUCAAAGUACGUCAAGGAUUGAAGUUUCAUUCCCAGAGAACCUGAACAAUACAUCACCUUUGCUGUCCAGUACAGAACAACAAGAUGAAGAUGCACUAAUUGUAACAAAUCAGGUUAAUAUGGAGAUUGGAGGUUCAAAUUCAGUACUAGCUGACAGCACAACCCCAGUGCAAUCCCAUACUGAUGCACCACCAGUUGAAAGCGAUGAGCAACUGCAGCUCAUGCUUAAUGAUGCAUCUGUCUGCUGUAAUAAGUUGUUAUACCCUGAACUUGAAAGCCAAAACCAUAAUCUGGUAAGAAAUUCCUCUGGAGCUGCUGAGACUGAAAUGCUUUCACAUGAAUCCAUGACUCAAUUAAGGGAAGAUUUGGAACCAAGUAAUUUUCUUGAUGUUGGACAUGACAGUCAACCUUCCCUUGCAACAACUGUUCAGAUAUCUACUUCUGUCCAGAAUAAUGUAGCUACAGAAGCGGUGCUGAGUACAAAUGAAAUCCCACAUGAAGCUUUUCUACAGCUGGGAGGUGUGAGCCAUCUUCCUAGUGAUCAAGUUUCUCCAUCUCUACUUGCUGAUCCACUUCAACUUGAGUUGCAAAAGAUUCAGAAAGAAACUGAAGAACUGCAGAAAAGUCAUGUAGAAAUGAUGGUAGGGCUAAAAUCUGAAUACAUAAAAGAGAUACGGGAACUUGUUGAUGAAGUACGAAAGAAAUACCAUCUCAAAUCUCAGGAUGCCCAAGCACAAUUUACACUGAAGAACAAUGGACUUAACCAGAAGCUGAAGAAAAUUUUGAUGAAUAAGUUAUUGGCUAGUGGUUUCAAUUUUAAUUGUUUGAACAUGUGGUCUUUUUGGCCCCUAAUGCUGCAAGGUCUUCCAUCCAGUUCCAUGCAAUCCCAUCAACACUUGGUUAGGCCUGCUGGGGCUACUGCUCCCAACCCGCACAUUGCAAGACUAACUGGGCAAGCCGUGCAACAGAUAUCAGUUCCUAAUUCUACGAGAGCUGGUCCUAUCACUAGCCAACAUUUUGCAGCUCCAUCUGUACGACCUGCUUCAUAUUUUGAAGCUAUGUCCAGACACUCGGCCAUCAAUGGAGUCCAUCCCAUGAGUCUUCCGCAUUUUGGAGGAGAUAUUUAUUCCUCAGUUCCACUGUAUCAAUCUCCUAUAACUGCUACAGCACCAUCCAUGCCCAAUGCUACUUUGAUAUCAGGCUUUCAAAAUCUCCAGCAACAGCAACAGCCUCUAGCAGAUCCACGGUGGCCAUCAAACUCUCACAAUCCUCGACUUCUUGGUUAUCCUCCUGCCGUGGCGUGUACAUCCGUGACAUCAUUGGAUAUGCUAAUGGAUGUGGGGCAUCAUCAUCGUCAUCACCAGCUACCUGGUGCUCUGCAGGGUAACCGGAGCUCUUGCGCCGAAGCAGCUACUGCUAUCUGCUUAUCUGAUGACGACUAACUUUUUUUCUGCGAUCAUUUUGUGAAACCUAGCUGUCAUCCCUCGCUGGUAAUUGUGUAUACAAAAUCUAGCUGAGUCUUGCACAUAUAUUACUCACUGGUAAAGCUGUAUAGUUGUGCAGAAUCUUCCUAUCAUCGAUUUUUGUACUAGUGAUGAUGAUUAGCCAAUAUUAACGUAAUCUAAAAGAAUGGGAGAAAAAAAGUUCAUUAUUUUCUUUAA